AUAUAUCCAUCGCAGCCUCAGCACACCUACCACCAAGAUCGUCGCAGGCAAAGCUCACGCAGUAACCAGCGACCUCUAGCCAUCGACGACGACAAUGGCGGCGGCGAAGAAGAGCGGCAGCGAGAUGGCGGUGGUGCGGGGGCUGGACGUGGCGCGGUACAUGGGGCGGUGGUACGAGAUCGCGUCGUUCCCGUCCUUCUUCCAGCCCCGGGACGGCCGGAACACGAGGGCGACCUACGCGCUGCAGGAGGACGGCGCGACGGUGCACGUGCUCAACGAGACGUGGAGCAAGGGGAAGCGGGACUACAUCGAGGGCACCGCCUACAAGGCCGACCCGGCCAGCGACGAAGCCAAGCUCAAGGUCAAGUUCUACCUCCCGCCUUUCCUCCCCAUCAUCCCCGUCGUCGGCGACUACUGGGUGCUCUACGUCGACGACGACUACCAGUACGCGCUCGUCGGCGAGCCGCGCCGCAAGAACCUCUGGAUUCUGUGCAGGAAAACGAGCAUCGAUGAGGAGGUGUACAGCCAGCUGGUGGAGAGGGCCAAGGAGGAAGGCUACGACGUGAGCAAGCUGCACAGGACGCCACAGGACGACCCGCCGCCGGAGAGCGACGCCGCGCCCACCGACACCAAGGGGGUCUGGUGGUUCAAGUCGCUCAUUGGGAAAUGAUGAUCGAUCAAGUUCAAUAUGGUGCUAAUACUAGCUAGUGCGGCAUCUAAUGAUCUGUAGAAUUUGCGGCGCGAAUAAAUGGGACUUGAUCGUGUCCAGAAAACUUCUUGUAGAAUUGGUGCAUGUCUGUUGUUAGUGUACCGAGACCUGUUCGCGUUCUGUUAUACAUGUGCUUGGAUAAAAUGGAGUUAAGAUGUA